AUGAUAGAUGGAAUGAAUGACAGUACCCAAAGCCAUUUCAUCCUUUUGGGUUUUUCUGACCGUCCCCAUCUGGAGAAGGUCCUCUUUGUGGUCAUCUUCAUUGCAUAUCUCCUGACCCUUGUUGGAAACACUACAAUAAUCCUGGUGUCCCGGCUGGACCCCUACCUCCAAACCCCCAUGUACUUCUUCCUCACCCACCUGUCCUUCCUGGACCUCAGUUUCACCACUAGCUCCAUCCCACAGCUGCUCUACAACCUUAGUGGACAUGACAAGACCAUCAGCUACAUUGGCUGUGCUAUCCAGCUUUUCCUGUUCCUGGGUCUUGGUGGUGUGGAGUGCCUGCUCCUUGCUGUCAUGGCAUACGACCGCUUUGUUGCAGUCUGCAAGCCCCUACACUACAUGGUAAUCAUGAACCCAAGGCUCUGCCUGGGGUUGGUGUCUGUGGCCUGGGGCUGUGGGGUGGCUAACUCCUUAGCCAUGUCUCCAGUGACUCUGCACUUACCACGUUGUGGGCGCCGUUGUGUAGAUCACUUCCUGUGUGAGAUGCCAGCCCUGAUCCGGAUGGCCUGUGUCAACACUGUGGCCAUCGAAGGCACCGUAUUUGUGCUGGCAGUGGGUAUUGUGCUCUCACCCUUGGUUUUCAUCCUAGUCUCCUAUGGCUACAUCGUGAGGGCUGUGUUACAAAUUCAGUCAGCAUCAGGGAGGCAAAAGAUCUUCAACACCUGUGGCUCCCAUCUUACUGUGGUCUCACUCUUCUAUGGAAACAUUAUCUACAUGUACAUGCAACCUGGAAACAGCUCCUCCCAGGACCAGGGCAAAUUCCUCACCCUCUUCUAUAACAUUGUCACCCCACUCCUGAACCCCCUGAUCUACACCCUCAGAAACAAGGAGGUGAAGGGGGCACUGAGAAGGUUGCUGCUGGGUAACCAAGGGGCUGAAAAGGAGUAA